UUUUUUUUUUUCCUGCUGACGCGCGCGCGCGAGUAUUGAGGUCGAAAGGUAAAGAGCGCAUCGGGGCCAUCAUCAGCGCGCGUACGGACAAGCGUCCCGACGGCUAGCAUCGCGGGGACUGUGCCCAAAGCCCCUUCAUCCGUCCAUUCCCUGAGUCGGUCGAUGCCCCAGGUGCGAGCUCGCGGCUUCCCGUGGCUGGCCGAGGAUACGCUUCUGACGCUGGUAGAGCCGCCGUCGGGGGAACUCAGUUGCUGCUCGUGCGGCGACCUCGUGGGAACCCUGUGGGGUGCCCCCUGCCGACAUCGGUUCUGCACGCGCUGCCUCGAGCCACUGCUGGGACAGGACUCUCGUGCCCCGUGCCCCAUCGACGCCAGCGAGAUCCUCAGGGCCCAGCUGUUGGCGGACAACUCUGUGCAAGCCCAGGCGUCUCAGCUGAGGGCUCACUGUCCCAACGGAGGCUGCAUGGCCACUCCACCCCUCUGCAAUCUAGAGGAGCACACCAAGCAGUGUGUGGAGGCCCCUUCCACCACUCUGCCCCCGAACGACCCCCCUGUGGCCCCCCAAGUGGGUCCUGGGCCGCAGGAAGCAGAUGGGGCCUGCUGGAUGGCUAACCUCGGCUGCGACUUCACGGGGGCACCACCUGAACUGGAGUCCCAUGAAGGAAACUGGGAGCUCCACCGGCGUCUCGUGGUUACUCGGAUGGCCGAAUACAGGCGCAACCUCGAGGACAUCCAAGGAGAGCGGGAUCUGCUGCGCAACCAGUUGAACGAGGCCAACGCCGCUCUCAAGAACCUCAGGCUAGACUUCAACCAGCAGCGAGUCGAAACCACGGCCCGAAGCGACAGGUUGGAGCGUCAGCUGCGGGAAAUGGAGCAGCGCUUGAGCCGGCUUGAGGGAAUGCCCUCGCCACAGAUUCAACCACAGCAGGGAGCUUCCUAUUUGCCAGCACUGCAGCAGCCUAUUGGCGGUGGGCAGAUGUACCCAGAGCUACAAGGAAGCCUCUGUGCCGCUGUCAACAUGCCUUCUGCCCCGGAAGCUUCACUGGCCUCCCUGGCACCGUCUGUCGUGGGCAGUGAUCAAGAACUGGUUUGCCCAGACGGCAUCCUCAACUGGCGGCUGAGCGACUACGGUCGAGCCAAGCGCAAGGAGCGGCACGGGCAACACAGGUACACGGCCGGCCCCCGGUUCUACACCGCGGAGCCCGGCUACCUGAUGCAGCUGCGGGUGCACCUGCACGGCCUGGGGCACAAGGGCAAGUUUGUGGCUGUGCAGCUGGUGCUGCAUCGAGGCAGGCACGACAACCAGCUGCCCUGGCCCUUCAGGCACCGGCUUUCGGUGACUUUGAUGGACCAGACAGGGGGCGGGCGCAGCGUGGGCUACACCAUCCACGACCCCUGCUUCCUGAGACCGCAGGGGGACCACACGACCCCAUACGUCUGGCAGGAGUUUGUCUCCCAGAGGGACCUCGAGGACCAGCUGCUCUUUCAGGAUUCGCUCCUGUUCAGGGUAGUUGUGGAACCCUGAAGUAUUUCUAUUCCUGGCCCAUUUUUAUUGCCUCAUUAUGAA